CGGAGCGAGGGAGGAGGAGGAGGAGGGAAAGAGAUAAGUGAUCUGAAGGAGAGACGAUAGGACAAAAAAAGUGAUGAUGAUGAAUACAUUGGAAAGUUUUUUUGGCCCCAACGACGGUGUCAGAUUGAAUGGCCUGUGCGCAUGUGCGAAGGUGUCCGAACUGACAAUGCUCGUGAGAUGAAGAUAGUGCUGCUGCCGCUUCUGAGCUCAAGGAGGACGAGAGGAAUCCGCAAGCCGACGAGAUGAGAUCCAAGGCGAGGGCGAGAAAACUGGCCAAAAAUGAUAACGAGGCAGUAGACAGCAUGUACGACACAGAGCUGAACCCUGCAGCGGGUGAGAGUGCAGAAGAGGAGACGGAGGACAGCGUCAUGUCUCCGAUCGCCAUGGGCCCUGCCUCGCCACAGCCAAACAACGAAGACUUCACCCCGAAAGAAGGCUCGCCCUAUGAGGUGCCUGUCUACAUUCCUGAUGACAUUCCCAUCCCCGCCAACCUGGAGCUGCGCGAGUCCUCCAUGCCAGGCGCUGGCCUCGGCAUCUGGGCCAAAACCAGAAUCGGGAUGGGCGAACGCUUCGGACCGUUCCACUGCACCGUCAAAGAGACCGCUUUUGGAUGGGAGCAAAUGCUGAACGAUCACGAAGUGUCGUCGCAGGAUAGCUGCAUCAAAAAGGUAGUGGACCAUAUGGGCAAUGUGAAGUUCUGCCUGGAUGAAGCGCUGGAGGCGAGCGGGAGCUGGCUAAAAUAUGUACGGGCAGCACCGUCCUACGAGGAGCACAACCUGGCUGUUUGUCAGAUUAGUGAAGAUCAGAUUUAUUAUAAAACCAUUAGGGAUAUUGAAGUUGGGGAGGAGUUGCUGGUUUCUAUGAAGGACGGAGUUUUUCCCGAGGACUCGAUGGCACCUAAUCUGGAAGAUGAGCAAAUGUAUCGCUGUGAAGAUUGUGAUGAGCUGUUCUCAUCAAAGCUGGAGUUGCGACGGCACCAGAAAUACUCUUGCAACACCGGCAGCUCUAUUUUUGAUUCGUUAAGUGAAGACCUCAAACAAGAGCAUGACGACAAUGACGAACCAGUGCAUGAGUGUAAAGACUGCGAAAAGAUAUUUCCCAGCGAGUAUAGCCUUGGCCAGCAUAUGGUUGUGCACACAGAGGAGAGGGAAUACAAGUGUGACCAGUGCCCAAAAGCUUUCAACUGGAAGUCUAACCUCAUUCGUCAUCAGAUGUCACACGACAGUGGAAAGCGCUUCGAGUGUGAAAACUGUGAUAAGGUAUUCACAGACCCCAGCAACCUGCAGCGCCACAUUCGCUCACAGCAUGUCGGUGCCCGUGCCCAUACCUGCCCUGAGUGUGGCAAGACCUUCGCCACAUCCUCAGGUCUCAAGCAGCACAAGCACAUCCACAGCAGUGUGAAGCCAUUCAUGUGCAUGUGUGUUCUACCAGGUGAGGUGUGUCACAAGUCCUAUACCCAGUUUUCCAACCUGUGCCGCCACAAGCGAAUGCAUGCAGACUGCCGCACCCAGAUCAAGUGCAAGGACUGUGGGCAAAUGUUCAGCACUACCUCCUCCCUCAAUAAGCAUCGGCGCUUCUGCGAGGGAAAGAACCAUUAUAGUCCUGGAGGCUUAUUCACACCAGGCAUCCCUAUGACCUCCAGUCCCAUCAUGGGCAAGUCCAAGCCGCACCCUGGCCUGAAUCACAGUGGACUUGGCUUUGGUGAUUACUUCCCGUCCAGGCCGCAUCAUCCAGGCCUACCCUUCUCUACUGCCCCUCCUGCAUUCCCGUCGCUUUCCCAUGGUUUCACAGGGAUAUUUCCCCCAUCAUUGUACCCUAGGCCCACGUUGUUACCCCCUAGCCCAUUACUAAAGAGUCCACUGAGUAACAGUCAAGACGGGAAGCUUCCACAUAGUCCCCUUGACGCCCAUACUCUCCCAAUGGUCACAUCUGUUAGCAACACCAAUGGUAAUACAGGUAGUGGCCUUAGCCAGUCAGAGGUAAAUCGUGAGUCUAAGCAGGAUCUCUCCAUUUCAGACAGCAAGAGUAAGGUGAAAAUGAGUGACGUGUCUGAUGGAAGUGACUUAGAGGACAUUAACACCACCAGCGGAACUGAUCUAGACACCACCACUGGCACAGUUUCUGGUUCUGAUCUGGACAGCGAGGCAGAGAGCGAGCGGGAGAAAAGUCGAAGGAAACACAGACAGGAAGGCAAACAAGAGGAGGUCAACAGCAAUGUAAUGUCGAUGUCCAGCUCAGGUAACCUUCCUCACGAUCGCCCUUUCCUCUCUUCCCAGCAUUCCUUCUUUCCCCCUCCUGAUGAGCAGGCACUCCCACCUACAGGUGCCACAACCGACUCUAUCAAAGCCAUCGCAUCCAUUGCUGAAAAGUACUUUGGGCCAGGCUUUAUGGGCUUGCAGGAGAAAAAAAUGGGCUCCUUGUCUUACCCAUCCAUGUUCCCCUUUCAGUUCUUACCCAACUUUCCACAUUCCUUGUACCCUUUCACAGACAGAGCACUCAACCCCAACAUGUUCCUAAAACCAGAACCCAAAUCACCUCGUGAGCACAUACAGAAAAUGGCUACCACCACUGUUGCAGAGUCACCCUUUGACCUCACCACCAAGCCCAAGGAGGUGAAGUCUUUCCUUCCACCCUCCAGUAAGCCUUCUAGUGUACUUCUUCCCAGUGGCGAGGAUCAGCCUCUGGAUCUGAGCAUUGGAGGCCGGAGCAGAGCCAGUCAGAACGGUGGAACGCCUGAGCAGCGUAAGAAUCACAUCCAUAGCACCAACUGCAAGAUGCCAGCUAAAGAGGAGCAUCCAGUAUUAAACCAGUCUCAGAACCUCCACCAACCCCAGAUGCCUCAGCAGCAAGUGUCCCUUCCACAACCUCCUCCUCAGCAGCAGCCCUCACUCCACUACGCCAAACCUUCGCCCUUCUUCAUGGAUCCCAUCUACAGCAGGGUGGAAAAAAGGAAACUGAUAGAUCCUGUAGGAGCGCUGAAGGAGAAGUACCUAAGACCGUCUCCACUGCUCUUCCACCCUCAGGUGUCGGCGAUGGAGAACAUGACCGAGAAGCUGGAGAACUUUGGCACUUUGAAACUAGACGCUCCCAAUUCGCUACAGCACUCCUCACAUCACCUCUUUAACUUUCGCUCCCCCCCUCCUUCUCUGUCUGAUGCUAUACUCCGCAAAGGCAAAGAACGCUAUGCCUGCAGGUACUGUGGGAAAAUCUUUCCCAGGUCGGCUAAUCUUACCAGGCACUUACGAACACACACAGGAGAGCAACCCUACAGAUGUAAAUACUGUGACCGUUCCUUCAGCAUCUCGUCCAACCUCCAGCGACACGUUCGCAAUAUCCACAAUAAAGAGAAGCCUUUCAAGUGCCACUUGUGUAACCGCUGCUUUGGUCAGCAGACCAACCUGGACCGCCACUUAAAGAAACACGAGCAUGAGAAUAUCCCAGUGAGUCAACAUUCUGGGAUUCUCUCAAAUUUGGGAACAAAUAUCUCCUCUCCAAAUUCCGAACCUGACAAUCACGCACUUUUAGACGAAAAAGAGGACUCGUAUUUCUCAGAGAUUAGAAACUUCAUCUCCAACAGCGAGCUGAACCAGGCCUGCAGCUCCUCAGAGAAAAGGUCAGAAAUGACAGAGGACGAGCGUCCCGAGAGCCACGCUAUCACAGACUCCAAGCUCGAGGAGGAGGAAGAGGAAGCAGAGGGAGAUGAUGAAGAUGAGGAAGGUUCACUAACAGAAAAGUCCCAGGACGAGAUGACAUCUCCUGCCACCAUGGCGCAAGGCACUUACGACGAGGACGAGGAAGCAGCUCCACUCUCCAUGACCUACGAACACCCACGCAGGUGUAUUGAGGAGGAUGCAGGCCUGUUAGAUCUGGAGCCUCUGCCUGGCUUUCCAAAGGGCCUGGAGCUCCAUAAGCCUGCUGAUGAGCCAUUUGAUGUUAAAGACAUUUUUAACACCUCCUUAGAGUCUGAGACGCUGAAAGAAACACUCUUGAGGCAGGCUAAAACUCAGGCUUAUGCAAUGAUGCUCUCUCUGUCGGAGAACAACUCCCUGCAUCCAUCCUCCCAGAACUCACUAGACGCCUGGCUGAACAUGGGAGGAGGUCCUUCAGAAACCAGCUCCUUUCACUCACUCAACCACAUCUAAUCCCAGAGUGCGAGGAGACGGAGAGUGGUUGGAGGGAGAGGAUAAGGAGGAUAGAGAGAGAGAGAGAGAGAGAGAGAGAGAGAGAGAGAGAGAGAGAGAGAGAGAGAGAGAGAGAGAGGACUGUAGGAAUGGGUAAAGACCACCAUGAAGCAGAUGCAUGUGUUACAAUAGCACAUGAAGACCAGUGAUGCUUUCAGUAGAUGAAUCACCACUUCAACUGGGAAAAGGGGAGGGGACCUUAGCUGAAAGACUGUUAGCUGAAACAGAGACAUGAACCAUUAGAGCUGUAGAUAUCUCCUUCCCACAAAAGAGAGACAAAAAAGACUGACCACACCACUCCACUCUGUCCAACUCAAGAUCUGUCUUAAAGCUCAUUCUGCAGUUUUCUCCACAGAAACUCAGUCUGGGGAAAACCCCCAUGUAUCCCACUGACAUCAGUGUCUCAUGUAUCAUUUCUCAUACAGACAGCCAUGCUUAUUACAGUGAUGACAGAGCAAAGAAUAAAGGAAACAGAAGGUAUUUUUGUCACGUAUGCCGAUCGAGUCCCCAAUCUGUAUUCCACAGAACAAGACAGACUAGACUAAUUAACAAAAUGGAUCAGAUUUAACACUAAUAAUAUAUAUAUAUAUAUAUAAUCAGAUGAGCCACAGAAAUAAACGGUCCACUGCUAAUCAUAUCCCUCCUCUUUGAUUGUGUUGAUCAUCAUCAGAGUGGUAGAAUAGUAGCUCAAAGCAUGGCUGCUCAAUUCAACAUAUCACCUUAACCUUGUUACUGUCAUUUUAACUGUACACAGUUUUUUUUGUUUGUUUGUUUGUUUGUUUGUUUUUUUUUGAAGAAAACGUUAAAUUAUUUUCCUCCCAACGUUCUCAUGCAUUCGAAACACUCUUUUUUUUCUUUUCUUUUCUUUUUUUUGUAUGUGAUUUGUUCUUUGAUCAACAGUAUUGUUUUCGUUCGAGCACUUCCGUGCUUAAAUUGUUAAUAUAAUUAUUUAGUGAAGGACCAAAUUUGUAUGAUAAUGUUGUAAGAUGUACAAAAUAAUUGCAAAAAAUUCAUAGCAAAGAGUGUCGUGUGCCAAAUAACCCUUUUUUUUUCUUGGACAAUCAUUUCUUUUUAUUUCCCAGUGGUUAUUAUAUGCUGUUUUUUUUUUUUUUUUUUCCCUCUCUUAUUGCCUGCUCACACUAUGUAUUUGAUUUGAGGUGCAUUUGAUUUCUAUUUAUUUUAGUUGUUUCAUCGUUAAAGGAAAAUAUGAUUCUAGGAAAAAAAAAAAAAAAAAAAGGAAAGAAAAGAAAAACUGACCCAUUUUCACCCAGUUGUCGAAGGAAUUGAAUCUAUGACUGAAACUUUUAAUCUCAUGCUCUGAAGGAUAUUGUAUAGAGACCGGUAUGCCAAAAUGUAAAUGACAAAAUCAACUAUUUUAUUUAUAAGUUUGGCGUCGGCACCAGUCUGUUUGUGUUCAUUGUGAGGUUUGAUUCUAUUUUUCUCUCGCUCGACCAUUUUAACCUGUACAUACAGUGUGUGAUGUUGAACAAAUGGUUGAUUUUUUUUUUUUCUUUUUUUUUCUUAAAUGAAUCCUUUGAUUAAAGCAUCAGGUCACUUGAAAGGUGGGGCAUUAUAUUUGUACUGCUAUAGUCAGUUUUGCUUUUGAUUUUAGCCUGCCCGUUUUAACAACAGUAAAAAGAAUGGUCACGUCAGUCUCUCUAACAGCGUCCGGUCCUGUGUGUUGAGUAGGACACAGCACGCCACUGUAUCCAAAACAAAUCCAAAUCGUGUGAUGGCAUCUUACAAACCAUCCGCACCGAGCUAGAAAGUGUGGACCUUGGAUGCAGCUGUGUUGAGUUCUUUUUUCCGUUCUUUUUUUUUAUUAUUUACAAAACAUACGCAGCUGCUGUUAAUCGAAGGGGCUGGAAUGGGAUUAAAUCAACAGGAUCAAACAGCGAGCUGGGAAAUUUCUAUUUCUAACGCUGAUAGGUGAGUGUAGUUCAGGGUUGAGCCGGAAGCACAGCCCUUAUAAAACACCCAUGUUACCCAAGUGCCAGGACUCAGGAGUCCUCGUGCAACUCUACUGAACUGUGAAUCCAGCGCAUGAAUCGUACAAAUAACGACAACAACGAAACACAAGCUCAUGAUGAAUGUGUAGAAUAGAUUCAAUGUGUUGCUAAUGUAUCAGACCUCUAGCAUUGCUUUUCUUCUUCGGAUAGCAAUUAAAGGUAAAAAAAAAAAAAAGAAAAAAAAAAGUCAGAUCUGUCAUUAUUACAUCACCCAUCACAGCCAUUUUCUUUUGCUCUCUUUGCAUAUGGUUUCAAAUGAGUGCAAAUAGCACUUAAAUACACAGCACUGCUGAUCUCUUAGUCCUGAUCUCAUCUGUAAUGCUUCUAAUUUUCUCCAUUUCUCCAAAUAAAGCCACGUGGUUUUAAACAAGCAUUUCAGCCACACUUUAUUCAUGAUCAUUGUGUCAGAUAUUUGGCUAAACAUUAUGAACCACAUAUUGUGUACCACCCUGGAUAGAGAGAAUUUAUUUCAGUACUACUUACUACAGGGUGCUGUUGUAGCUCUUUGUGUCAUUUUACCUAAUGGCACCGGUGGCUAGCUGUCCACACCGAAACUGGUCUAGCUGGAGAGAUUUAAUCCUACUGCAUAUGUGGAGGUUCAUGAUGUCACAUACUACUGUAAUACUCAAGCGCUGUAGGUGGUGGAGAUAUAGAUCCAGGACGAACGUCCCAAACUGCUCUCAAUAUGGAAGCUGGUGUGCUUUCCCCCCCCCCCCCCUUCACUGUUACAAAACAAAACCAAUGUAAAGCCAUAAUUCGUUAUGGUUCCUCGAAAAACUGUAUAGUGUUAUUAAAAAAAAUGUUGCAUUCGUCUGCAAAUUCGUUUUAAAACAUGAGUUUGAAAAUAGAUGGUGCUCGUUUCAUUUGGAUCUGAGUUGUAUAUCGCUUCUGUUCUGUUUAUUGAAAGAAACUGUUGUGCAUGACUUGUGUUUUAGCGGUCAUAAUGGUGUCCAUUUGUGAAAUGUGUAUCUUAAAUUAAAAAGGAGAAAAAAAGAAAAAAAAAGGUCAUAAAAAUUACUGAAUUUGUAGAUGCACUUAUUGUACAUGUGGUUAGGUUAGUAGGUUUGACUUUAAGUCCUGUUAACUGCCUUACCUGCAACAGGCAGAUGGUUAUUGAAUUAAACAUUAUGCUUGUGGGAGAGAAA